AAAUUGAGCUCGAUCAUGACGUCUACAUUAAGUAUUCUUGAUCCAAAUGAUAAUUUGAUGAAAAAGUUUCAAAGUACACUACAUGUGCAUUUAUCGCAUGUUGAUAAUAAACUUUCAGAAGAAAUACUCGAUCUCGAAGCGUCAAUAAAACGUGCAGAAAAAGAACUAGAAUCAGAAGCUAUACAACUUUAUCAAAAGCAAGAAGAAGUUCAACAUCAGCAUAUAAUAUUAAAACAAUAUAUAGAGGCACUAUCAAAAGUUACAUUAUUAAGAGAAAAAAGGAAUAAUAAUAUAGAAAAUGCUAAGGAUAUUUUAAAAGAAAACUAUUCAAAAUUAAGAGAAGAGAAAGAUAAAAAAGAAAAAUUAUGUCAAAAAUUAGACAAUUUAUUGGAAUUUUAUUCUUACUUGUCCAAAUGGGAAAAGGAUUUGAACGACCAUUUAAUAAUAUCAAAACAAAUGUCAUUACAAGAUGUUAGUAAAAAUAAGAUAUUGAUUAAGAGAAAACAGCAAAGAGACUUUAUGUUAUAUCGAUUGAAAGAAGAAAUAUGGAAAAUUGAAUCAGAAAUAGCCUACAUUGAUGAGCAAUUACAAAUUAAAGACAAAGAAAAGCAAGAUGCUAAUAGAAUGAUAAUUGAUGCAAAUACAGAUUUAGAAACUCUACAUACGGAACAUAAAGAUCUGUAUAAUAUAUGGAAAUCAGUGGUAACUAAUAUUUCUAAAAGAAAUAGUAUUCAUGAUCAGUUAAAUUUUGAACAAAAAGAAGCACAUCAGUUAUACAAUGGAUUAUUAUUAGAAAUACAAAAGAUAAGGAAAGAAACAGAAAAAGAAAUGGAGAGUAAUGAACAUCUGACAUCUUUAUCCUUUCGAAUAGAAAACGAUAUUAAAAUUACAUCAAGAGCAAUAUCAAAAUAUAAUGAAAAUAUUGCAAACAGUAAAUCAGAAUUACUAAAUCUUACAAAAAUCAGUGAACAAACAGAAUACGAUUAUAACGUUAUAUUUAAUAAAUAUCAGAAUUAUUUAUAUGAAGAAGAGCAAGUGAAUAAAAAGUUUGAAAAUAUUUUUGAAAAAAGAAAUAAUCUAGAGGAUGCUAUAUUUAAAAAGUUGGAAGAAAAGGUUAUAUGCGAUAAGGCGACUCAAUAUGUAAAUGAGUUAUUAAUAAAUGCAAAAAAUGCUGUAUUGCAAUGUGAAAUUUCAGUUGCACGUAUAGAGAAUGCAUAUGGAAACAAUCUUCUACAAUUGGAAAAACUUAAAAAUCUUAUUGCAAAUAAAAAAGCAGAAUUGCAUGAACUGUCGCAAAUAAAUACUGGAAAAGAGAAGCAAAUAGAUGAAUUGCAAAAGGAGACAAGAAAAUAUGAAGUAAUGAUGGGAAAAGCACAAACAAAGCUUUUAGGAAUAAAUAAACUUCUUGAGCAGAUAUUACCAAGUACUAGCGCAGAAGAAUUGAGUCCAUUAGAUAUGAAGAUCGUCGGUUUAGAAAAAAAUAUUCAAGAAUUUCAACUAAAUAUUAAAAAGACACAGCAAUUUUGGUUGCGUCAACAAGGUUUUGUGGUUUCAUUAAGCCAACAAAGAGAAUUGCAAUUACAAGAAAUAAAUUUUCUUCAAAAAGAAGUUAUGAUAAUGGGGCAAAAGAAUUCUAAAUUGGAAUAUGCAUUAGAGAUGCUUACAAAAGAACAAGCAAAUGUAAAUAAGGCUAUAAUUUCUCUUGAUCAAAAGUUAUCCCGCAUAAAUUCAAAUUUAAUGGUACAAAAAGAUCUGAAAAAGGGCUUGGAGGAUAAAAAUUGUAUAAUAAAGAAUGAAUGUCUUUCGUCUUUCCAAGAAUUGGAAUUAGAACUUAUAAAAUUACAAAAUGAUUUAAAAUAUGUAUGCACUGAGAAAAUAAUGCUAAGGGAGGAAUUAAAUUCUGUACUACAUGAAAGUUUAGCAUGGGACAAAAAGGUACAACUGAUACAAGAUACAAUUAAAAAUGUAAAAGAGGAGCAAAAUACUGGAAGUAUAGCAUCAAUGAAAAGUGAAAUUCAUAGAAUGGAAAUGAGACUUUCCUAUUUAAAGAAGAUUCAGGAAAAAUUAAUUCAUGAUAUGAAUCUUUGUAUUACAAGAAGAGAUAUUAUAGUUGACAAAGUGUUUGGUAGACUUAAAAGAAAUUCAAAAGUAAAACAUAAUGAGAAGGUUGUAAUGCACAAACGUUUGUCUGAUCAAAGAGCAAAAAUUAAGCAACUCUUAAAAAUUAAGAAACAAACUAUUAAUAUGAUAGAGAAAUUAAACAAUCAAGUAACAAGUAUUCAAGAUAAAUUAGUCAAGUGUCAAGAAUUUUUACGAAAUUUAAAAGAACAUGUUAACACUGUGGAAAACGAAAUUGAACGAUUGGAACUGCUUAAAUAUCAUAAUUUACAUAGUUUGGUCCUUAAACAAAGAAAAGUAAAGCAAUUAUAUGAUAUUAAAAAUGGUAUAUAUAAAAUGAUCUAUAGAAACGAAAAUAUAAUAGAAGAAAAUUUGCAAAAAGAACACUAUUGCAGAGAAUAUCUAAAAUGUACAUUAGAAAGGACUGACCGUGACUUUCCAAUGUUAAAAAACAGAAUUAAAAAAGUAUUAGUAACUCUGCAAAUUAUAUAAGAGAAAAUAACUGGCUGUGUAAGAUAAGAUAAGCGUAUGAUUAUUAUGUUAUCAUUCAAUAAAUACUUCAUGCAAUGGGACAAAGUUCUAGUAACUAUUUUAAUGAAACGUUUUAUAUCAAGUUAUAUGUAGGUUGUAGACAAUAAGCUAUAAGCAAUAGUACAAUUAUAUUAUUAAAUAAAAGAAGUAGAGAAUUUCAUACAAAAUAAGAGAUUAAAAAUAGUACGAUUGAAAAGAAUAGGGAAUCUGAAGCUAGAUG